CUUGAACAUGCCCUUGAGACAAUCUAGCCCGAUUGUUUCUCCCAUCAUGCCUUAUGGUAGCCGGUGUCUUUCCCCAUAUUUACCUCACCGUCAGCUCUCGGGUGAGCCCUCUCAACACCCACCAUUGACGAGCAACACGACUCCUAUAGUUGUGCAUAGAGCCGUUUCAUGUACCAUGAAGUACUUCGUCACUUCAAUACCAGGCAAUAAGCAAUGGCCUGAUAACCAUGCACAUUACGGAAUGAAGUCAAAAGAUAUCAUGUCGACACCACGAACAAAGUUGAAAAUGCUUUGAACAUAACACCGAGGCCCCCGGAUCAAUUGAAAUAGUGUUUCCACAACGAAUUAUAUGGUGGUAAGGUAGGACCGCAGGUAUAGUGCGGACAUCGAAAGGAUGUCACAAAUUCGAUAGAGGCCUGUGAUCAUGAAAGAAAUACUGAUUGUCCCCCUUGCGAACUCAAGAACUCAAUCAAAUUUGCAAAUGGCGAAGAUUGCGAGGGUUAUUAUAAGAUGAUCGCAA